AUCAGAGUGUCCUAUCGUUAUCGAUAUCGAUAUCGAGUCCGAUCCCCGCAUCGAGUCCCAAUGGUUUGCUUUUACCGUUCUUAUCAACGGUCACCCGCUGGCAGCAUUGCCGGGAUCCGAUCCGACAUAGCGGGGGAGCCAUUCACAUAUCAGAGCCGUCGUUCCCCGCAGGUAGCUUGCCCAUGACGAUGAAAUGCACAGUACAACUACAGCCCCAAGUUUAUUAUAUCAUCAAUCAUGACUACAACCUCGUCUUCCCUCCCCUCCGCUCCCCCCAUCACCGUAUCCCCAAACAUCACCCUCCAGCCCCCGCUCUCGCGCUGCGGUGAAGGCCCCGGCCUCCUCCUCAUCCGCCCCGCCAACUUGGCGGGCUGCCAGACAAACAACACCACGCUCGACCCCGCCCCGUUACAGAAAUGGGCGGAGGAGAGCUACACCGUGGUGGAAAUCACCCUUGACACGGUGAGCAGCGGCGACGCGGUGGGUGUCUCGGAUGCGAUUUCCGCUGCUGUGCGGGCGUUAUCCAAAUGCCCGCAGUGCAGCGGCCGUGGCCAUGGUGACAACCUGAAGUUCGGGAUUCUGGUCUACGGCUCCCCACGCGACUACGGCCCCUCCUUCCCCGCGCUCCUGCAACAGUCCAUCACAGCCCUUACCCCCGAGCAAGCCCCCGCGGCAGCGAUCUACUUCAGCGCAUGGGAGAGCCCCUGCCCAACCAUCCCAGCUCUAUUCCACCUCCCGGCCGGGCAGACCCUCGCGGAGAGCAUCACCGCCGCCACCACCACAAAAACCUACCAGUACCCCUCGACCCGCUCACCAGGCUUCAUCAUCCCAGGCCACGCAGACUUCGACCUGCGCGCCGCCGGCGUCGCGCACACGCGCUCCCUGACCUUCCUGAAACCCCGAACCGGCGGACCGUACUUCGACCUCGAGCAGAUCUGGGAGGCGCACACGCACCACGAGUUCGGGGACCGGUCGGUCGAGAACACCAUGGCGACCAUGGUGCAGGAGCCGUAUGUGAAUCAUAUUCCGACGAUAACAGGCGGGACCGGCCGCGCGGCCCUAACGCGCUUCUACGCGCAGCACUUCAUCUUCGCCAACCCAGCGGACACGGCGCUCGAGCUGAUCAGCCGCACCGUCGGCGUGGACCGCGUCGUCGACGAGUUCAUCCUGUGCAUGACGCACGACCGCGUCGUCGACUGGCUGGUGCCCGGUGUGCCGCCCACCGGACGGCCCCUCCGCGUGCCCUUCACCGCCGUCGUGAACAUCCGCGGCGAUCGGUUGUUCCACGAGCAUAUCGCGUGGGAUCAGGCGACCGUGUUGAGGCAGCUGGGGCUGUUGCCGGAGUAUUUGCCUUUUCCUUAUGCGGUGGCUGGUGAUCCCGGGGAGGGGAGGAGGUGGGAGUAUCGGGUUCCGGCGGCGGGGGUGGAGACUGCGUUGAAGUUGCGGGGGGAUGGUGGGGUCGUGUCGAAUGCGAUGAUGGGGUUUGAGGUGCGGGAGGUGCGGGAUUCUUCAUUAGGCUGAGGGGGUCAGCUCAGCUGGGUAUGGUGGUGGCUUGUGGAGAGGGAGGGGGAGCUGGAGCUGGAGGUGUGGUUGUUUGUGUAGGCUAGGAUCGGGUAUGGUAAGAUUGAUUGCCUGGGCUUGUUGGACUAUCGUUGGUGGGUCACGGUAUAGGAGGUUUAGCUUAUCUACGAUUGUAUGAGUUAUAGGGUCCUGCGAGUGGGAGGCUUGAGGUGUAUAUGAAUCAAUAGCAUGUGGCUGACUGCGCUAUACUCCCCUCAUAGCCAUUCUGUUCUCU